CUGAUUGCCCCGUCUCGCUGCAAAGGUGCUGACAUUGAACUUCCGCGUUUGGCACGGUUUGCAGCCGAGAGAGAGAGAGAGAGAGAGGGAGAGGGAGGGAGAGUGAGAGGAGGGAACAAAGUGGACCACAGAGCAAGAUCUACAUGCAGGUUGGAACCACGCAGGUCCCCCGUGAGAAGCAUCGGGCGAUGCUCCACCGAAAGUCCUACACGGUCAACGAGACGUCCAGAAGCAAAAGGAACUGCAGCCCUACACAGCAAGGGAAAUACAGCAUGGUGGAUCUGAGCGCUGCUAACACUUCCGCCGGCCCCACUAGCCAACAGGGAGAUAACUCCGUCUGCAGGCUGCAAUCGGCCAACGGGGAGGAGGAGAGGACUGAGCUGGAGCCUCGGCAGCGCCAUCGACCCCCUGUCCCCCAACUCACCAUCACCUCGGACGAAGGGACGACGCAGGAGAGCCUGGAGUGGGAGCUGGACUCCAGAGUGCGCCGCAAGCUCUCCAGCUCCUCCCUCUCCUCCACGGGCUCCUCGCUCUUCGAGGAGUCGGAGGAUGACCUGCUGGAGGGUCAGGCGCAAGACCAGGGCGCCGAGGACCAAGGGGACUUCAGUCUGAAUAAACCCCAGAGGAAAGCUAAAAUGAAAGAGCACAUUUCACCCUUUAGAGUCUCCUUCAAGAAAGAAUAUUCCUGGAUUCAACUGGCUGGUCAUUCAGGUAGUUUCAAACCAGGGGAUGGUGGGAAGAUCCUGAAGAAGUACAGUGAAAACGAAAAGUUGUGCUUUGAGCAACUAAAAAUGGACCGGUUAGCUCCCUUUGUACCCUGUUACCAUGGUGUGGUCAAAAAAGGAGAAGAGCUGUACAUUCAGCUGGAUGACUUGUUGGCCGAGUUUGACAGCCCAUGUGUUAUGGACUGUAAAAUGGGAGUAAGAACGUACCUGGAGGAAGAGCCAAUGAAAGCCCGAGAUAAACCAAAGUUGCGGAAGGACAUGUACAAGAAGAUGGUAGAAGUUGAUCCUCAGGCACCAACACCACAGGAGCACGCUCAGCAGGCCAUAACCAAGCCGCGUUACAUGCAGUGGAGAGAAUCCCUCAGCUCUACAGCAACACUAGGCUUUCGCAUUGAAGGUGUUAAGAAGGCAGACAACAUAGGCAGCACGAAUUUCAAAAAGACCAAAACGAAGGAACAGAUUCUCCAGGUCUUUGAAGAGUUUGUCGAUGGAAACAAGAACAUCAUGAGCACCUACCUGAUGCGACUGCUCGAAAUCCAGAAAACCCUGGAGUCAUCCGAAUUCUUCAAAGUACAUGAGGUUAUUGGGAGCUCCUUGCUGUUCAUCCAUGACAAAAGUGAGCUAGCCAAGAUCUGGCUGAUCGACUUUGGCAAAACCAGAAAGCUACCGAACGGACAGACUCUUAACCAUCGGCUGAAGUGGCAGGAAGGCAACAGAGAAGACGGCUACCUUUGGGGGCUCGAUAACAUGAUUGGCAUCAUAUCUAAGAUCUUGGAGGACCAGCGGUGAUUCCUGGCCGGGACUCUUCUUUGCCAUGGGUUUUCCAUUGGGCACCUGAAAGGUUAUCUGACUACGUUUUUCAAUGUGGAUGCAUUACUGCUAUUCCUGCUAGUGAGAGAGUGGGCAAUAAAAGAGAGAGAAUGAAAUGGUGAGACAAAAUUAAGGUUUCUCCAUUGACCAGAAGCUCUUUCUUGAGUAUUGGCCCCACACUGUGAAUGCAAUAACCAGAGGAAAACAGUCCCUAUGUGGUGAAGGGGUAGGCUUGUCAAGUGGGAAAUAUGGUUAACUAUCAUGGCAGAACAAAUGAUUGCUCUAGGCUUCACCUUGAAAUAUAUUUUCAAACCAAUAAUAAUUGGAUUUCUUUUCACGGAUGGACAAUGAAUGCAGAUGAAUAUGAGGUUCUUGAUGGAUAACAAACUUCUCUCCACAAGUGCUCUCUCCUGCCUCCUUGUGGCCAGUUUCAAAGCAGCAGUGGCCAAAGACAAUUGAUUCCCAGCCUCCUUGGCCCCGUCCUGCGAUACCUCACACCCCACGUGUAAAUGGUAUUUGAGGUGAGAAAUGAGCUAAUAUUUUUCUAAGGAAUAUUUCACUGUGUGCCUCUUUGCAUUUCUAUAGCACCUUUCACAACCUCAGGAUGUCUUGAAGCUCCUUACAGACAAUUAAGUACUUUUCAAGUUUGGUCACAGUUGUAGGAAAAGCAGCUGGUCAAUUUGUUCACAGCAAGCUCACAGCAAGCAACAAGACAGUGGCCAAUGGUUGAGUGAUAAAUAUUGGCCAGGAAGCCAGGGAGAAUUCUGUUCUCCAGAACUGUGCUACAAGACUUUUAUGCCAACCAAACAAGGUGGACAGCUUCCCUGUUCAAAAGGGAGCUGCUGAGACUCACAGUGUUCUAUCGGUACAGCACUGCAGUGUCAGCCGAGAUCCAGGAGUAAGGCUUGAGGCACAGUUAAGCAGUCCAUCUGUGAUAUUGCUACAAGCAGGUUUUUCAUUGCACCUGUACCUCAUCGUAUUUGUGCACAUGAUAAUAAACUCAAUUUGACUUGAACUGAUGUAGCUUUACGAAUAAAGUUAGUAUAGACAAGGCUUUGCUGUUUACUUGGAGCUACCUGUGACAAGCCACUGAUUAAGUGGACCCCAAUGUGGUAGAUACUGAUAGGCAUAGAGAAAGAUAUAUUACACUAAAAUUGCAAAUUUUAAAAAAUUGAUUCACUGUAACAGCUGCACAUUAAAACAGAACAAAGAAAUAGUGCAGUAGAUAUUUCCUGUUGCCAUGUCAUUAAGGAUGAUGUUUUGUGGUACAUGACAGAGACCGCUGAUACUCAAUUACUAACCAUUAGUACCUGCACACAAUAAAGUGCCACAAAACAAUGGUCUCACUUUAACACACAAAUGUAAUAAGCUGUUAACGGUCUGAUAUAACCCAUAUCCCACAGUGUAAAACUCUGACAGACCCACAUCCCUUCACUGGAAUGGUCUGUUAAACCCCACAUCUCCCAGUGUAACUGCCCAUUUUCGAAGCAAUCUCCUCACUCUAACACUCUAUAUAUCCCACGCCUCUCACUGCAACAAUCUCCCACGCUGUGAGAGUGAUAUAUCCCACCCUCUCACAAGUACUACACACAAGACAUUCUGAUACAUCCCGUACUCUCUAUGCAACACUCUAAUGCAUCCCACACCUAUCUUUAUAACACUGAUGCAUUCCAUACCUCACACUGUAACACUCUGAUAUAUUCCACACCCCUCCCUAUAACACUGAUGUAUCCCACACCCUGAAUGUAAACUCUGAUGUAUCCCAAGCCCUCUUUAUAUCAAUCUGACAUAUUCCACACCCCUCACUGUCAACACUGAUAUAUCCCACACCCCUUUCCAUAACACUGAUAUAUCCCAACCCCAACAGACAGACUUUAAGAUGUUCAAUAUUCUCCGAUCAAAGGAAAUAACUUCUCUGUUUCUAUUUGUACCACUUUAAAAUUUUCCACCAGAUCACCUUGCAACCAUCUAAACCCCGGGCAGUGGAAGCUUCAUUCAUGUAACCUCCUUUAACAAUGUAACCCUUUAAAUUCUGGUGUGUGCAGUAUUGCAAGAGCAGACAAUUUUCCCAACUAAAUAUUGGGAAGACCAAAGCCAUCAACUCAAGCUCCUGCUCCAAACUCCAUUUUCUAGCCACCGACUCUGUCCCACUCCCUGGCAACAGUUGGAAUUGAACCAACUUCUGCUUCAGCUCACCUGACGCUGACACUCUGACCCACACCUUUAUUACUUCCAGACUUUACGAUUCCAACAGUCACUUGGUUGACCUGCUGUGAAUUUGAGGUGGCAUAAAACUCUCUUACAUCCAUUUCCUAACUUGCACUCAACCCCAUUCCCUGUUGCUCCAGGGUUUCUGACCAGUGUUGACUCUUGGCCAAGCAAUGUUUCCAUUUUAAAGUUCUCAUCUUGAUUUUCAAAUCCUGCUGUGGCCUCCUCACUGUAAACUCUUCUGACCCCACAACUCUCCCAUUUCUCAGAGGUUCCCUAUUUAUACCCUCUUGAUGAUUCCCAAACUGAAUCACUCCAUCACUGGCCUCCCUUCCUUCCGCUGCCAUCAUCCUUACUGCCGGAAUCUCUCCACCUCCCUUUCCUCCCUCAAGACACUCCUUAAAGCCAAACUCUUUGACCAGGUUUGUGUAUCUACUUACUAUCUCCCUGUGGUUCAGUGUCGAGUAUUGUUUGACGUCACUCCUGUGAAGUACUUUGGGACAUUUUGACUUGUUAAAGGUGCUAUCUAAAUGCAAGCUGUUGUUUGAAUCUGCUGAGGCCAAUAUAUCCUUCCUGAGCUCGCUCCAUCAGUUUAUCCCUACAAUGGAGCUGACCUUGUGGUCUGACAUUUCCAUAAAAUUUAUCAGUGUCCCUUCUACUCUCCUGCUACUGAGGGACUGGCCUUUCCUGAAAGAUUUACUCUUUCUCCCUUCCCACACUCGAUGGAACACUCCAGUGCACGGACGUGGUGACCCAGCAACCCUGAGAAGAAACAAAUCAGUUGCCAGUCCAAGGUGAAGUCUGAAAGCAAAGACGAGUCAUUCCUAGCUACCUCAGUAUGACUUCAUUGACUAAAGUUAAGUCUGGCUGCAACCAUUUGAUGCAGAUGGUUGUAUCAAGCUGACCAACUUGAUGUUAGGACACUGCCUUUUAUCUGCUGAACCAGGAGCCACAUGGAUCAGUUACUGUGAUCUCCAGUGGCUUCUUUCUUGGAUGAAUAGCUCUUAUAGUGGCUGAACAUUGCCUGCCCUUCCUAUUAGUUACACCUGGCCUCCGUAGCUCAGAGGUCAUGGUGCUGAUACAAUGGUUAAGUGGCUGCACAGAGGCCUGUCCUAACAACCCAGAGACUUGAGUUCACAUCCUAUCAUGCAGCUGCAGAAUCUGGACUCACAUAGAGACCAGGUUCCUAAACCUGGGAACACUCUAGGUGUGAGUAUUAGGACUCUGGGGACUUCCUUGUGAACUCUGGUUCACCCUAACUUAAAGGUGGUUCAUUGAGUAUACGCCAUGUGCACCUGAACUUGGGUCUUCCACGCCGGCUCCUCCAGUUGGUGGAUGUACAUCUCACCUCGUGACUCGGCUGCAUAUGUUUCAUUUGUCAUCAGUGACGUUGGUCUGUCAGAUCAUCUCUUUUGUCCAAAGUGAAAGACAUUUCGUUCUUAUUAAUAAACCAGUUGGGUGUUUAACCACAACCUGAGAUCUUAAUAGUUAACUCUGCCGAUACCAGCUUGUUCAAAGAACUGUAUUAAAAUCUCAAACUGCCUCAAUGGAAUUUGAACCAAUUUUCUCCAGACAGUUAGUCCAGGAGCUCAGCUGAACACCAAAGCAACAGAGGAUGAAGUGCAAGCAUUAAAGGAUAAAGUCAUAGAGUAGGGAGAGAAGCAGGGAGAGAGCUACUUAAAAGAAAAGCAAAGGAAAGAGAUGAAAGAAAGAGAAACCAGAGAAUAGACAAUAAACUGAAAACCAAAAUGAGGACUUUUUUCUAAAUAACUCUUGCAUACUUCAUCUACGUUCCUUCAUUGGUUGUCUUAUAUUUAUACUUUUAAUCCAAAUGCAUUGCAGGUCUGUUCCCUUGUGUUCUUCCUACCAUUGUAUACCAGCAGAAACAUUUCCAAAGAAGUCUAUGAAGUUAAAAAAAUCAGUUUAUUUGGAUCAUUAUUAGGAUUCUCCAUGGAUACCUGUGAAUCCAGGCCCCACCUUGCCUAUUGAGAAUGACAGUAGAUGUCUUCCAAUCCAGGUCCCAGCUCUAAGAAGCAUGUCAAAAAAACUUCCCAACUUAGUUCCAGACUUAUUAAAUUGCCAAAAUAUUGACUAUAGCAAAGUAGAACCUCCAUCUCUAGGGGAGAGAAUCAUAAGCAUUCAGGCUGUUCCAAGUCCACAUGUAAGGUGUUCUGUAUCAUUUCUAUUUUUCUGAGGUGAGAGGGGAAUCGAUGUAAAUGUGAAUUAUACAGGACUUUGUUGAAAGCUGAAAACUAUCCUGUAAUUAUUCAGUGGAGAAACAGUUGAUCUGUGUGUAUUGGAGCAGGUAUUCCAGCAAAUGGGAAUGCAAAGAAUCCUGAGGAAUUGCCACUGUAUAUUACUGAACACUACUGAUAAUUGUUAUAGUGUGAUUUUGUACAAUGUAGUAGGAAAUGGGCUGUAAA